CGGCGCUCUCCUUGAUCAUCACUUGCUCUUCAAAGUCAUCAUUCACGAGGGAGCUUUCGUGCUAAGCCUGUCAUUCUCCUAUCGCUACUAACUAGCUCCUCAGUCGUCUAUGGUGCAGCUCGCUCCUUCCUCACCUGCCGUGAACCGUGUUUAUGAGCGUACUACUCACGGCCAUCCCUCGCCACUGAAGGUCCUGUCCUCUGGCUGACAGCCAACCCAGUUGACCAGCUCCACCAACUCCGUGCUGUCGAAGCUGUACUGGUUGGCUGACUUCUGGUCGUAAAUAGACUUCAUGUUGAUGCAGAUUCGAAAAACAUGUGUGUCGUCAUACAGCGUCUUACAGAACUACACCGAAUUUCGUGGGUAACUCCUAAACUCCAUAUUUCCCUUAAAGACCUCCAGAGGUGCCAGCCUUGUAUCACUUUGAGAUUACAGAUCAGUAUCGCAGCUGGUGUCCGAAGAAGCUUGGAACGCAAGACUAAAAGCAGGAAGCAAAGCGAAACUACGAAAGGGAGGAAUCUAGAAAACAAUGUAGAACGCGAGACCAAAGCUAGAAAGCAGCGCAGAGUAAAACCGAAUAGAACGCGAGCACAUUUAAAUAGAACGAAUGACCAAUUGCAAGAACAGAAACACAUGAUAGAUGGCGUGAACGGAGUAGCCAUAUCUCUAGGCAAAGUUUUACAAGAAGAGUAUGGUGCCAUCGAGCUCCUCGUUCCAAGGUCGCUGGCGGGAGCCAUCGUUGUCGUGACUGAUGCCGACAACAUCAUAGGCAACAUUCUUGACCGCGGCUUCCUCGAUUGCGAGCCGCUCCUUGACGCUGCUUUGCUUGUUGACUUUCGUCUCGACGAAGCUCGGAUCGUACUUGAUGUAGUCGUUCACACGGUUGGAAAGCUUGCUAGCCCACAGCAACGGAAGUGCUUUGGCGAUCUAUUCGUACUGCUGGGUGAGCUGUGAACUCUCGUUUGACGCACCGGUCUGUGGAGUAUUAGCAUAAAAAUCCGCGUGUUGGAAAUGUUG